GUUUUUUUUUGUUUUUUUUUUUUGGUGCUAUCGUGGUUAUUUGGGGAUAAUUAAUUCAAAACUAAAGGCAACGAGGCAGGUUUGAGCUGGAGUCCUUUCCCGCUCCGUUUAAGUUUUUUCGCUUUGUCUCAUUUCAAAACAUUUCAACAACCGAGUUCUAGCACCUUUUUUAUUUUCCCCUUUUUGUUUCAUUUAAAUUCCAACUCUCUUUUCUUUUUCCUAAUUUUUCCAAACAAAUUUUUAAAAUUCAUAUUUAAGCAAUCCAAACCAAAUAAACAUUCUUCCAAAAUUUGCACCAUUGAACUAAAUUAACCAAAUAAAUAUAACAUUCUUAUAAGCCCAUCCUCCCACAAAACCAUUUAAAUGGGUGAGGCAGGACAUCCUUAAUUCCUUAUACAAGAAUACCUAAAAUUGUAAUAAAUUAAUAAUGUAAGGGGUAAUAUGCAAUUAGAAUAACUUGAAAACACACUUUGCAUUUUUUUUUUUUUAGGAAGGUAGACACACUUCGAUAUUGUGCGUAAACUGUGUACAACUCCUAAAAGCGGGGGUAAAGUGCAACGGGAACUCAUGGCGGCUCUAAACAACCAUCUCAUCACCCUCCCACGUCACCCACACGCCCCAACUCCAAAACCUAGUUUCUUAACGGUCAAUAACGGUCGACACUUCGCAAACCAUCCAACACUUUCACUGAUCGAUCAAUGUAUCGAUACGAAACAGCUCAAACAAAUCCACGCUCAAAUGCUUCGCAAUGGCCUCUUCUUCGACCCAUACUCAGCUAGCAAACUCCUCACUGCCUUUGCUUUAUCUUCAUUCCCAAGCCUUGAUUAUGCCCAACAAGUGUUCGAUCAAAUUCCCCAGCCAAAUCUCUACACCUGGAACACCCUCAUUCGCGCAUACGCUUCGAGUUCCGAGCCCAUCCAAAGCCUCUUAAUCUUCCUCCAAAUGCUUCAUCAGUGUCCCGAGUUACCCAACAAAUUCACUUACCCUUUUGUGAUUAAAGCUGCGGCUGAACUUGAAGCUUCGAGGUUCGGAAGAGCGCUUCAUGGGAUGGUAUUUAAAGCUUCACUUGUUUCUGAUGUGUUCAUUCUCAAUUCGUUAAUUCAUUUUUAUGCUGCAUGUGGGUGUUUGGAUUUGGCGUAUCGGGUUUUUGUUAAUAUACCUAUGAAGGAUGUUGUUUCUUGGAAUUCGAUGAUUACUGGUUUUGCACAAGGGGAUUGUCCUGAUGAGGCGUUGGAGUUGUUUCGGCAAAUGGAGGCGGAGAAUGUGAUACCCAAUGAUGUGACAAUGGUGGGUGUUUUAUCAGCUUGUGCCAAGAAGUUGGAUUUGGAGUUUGGGAGGUGGGUCCAUUCAUAUAUAGAAAGGAAUCAGAUCAAUAUGGGCUUGACUUUGAGUAAUGCGAUGCUUGAUAUGUAUACAAAAUGUGGGAGUGUUGCAGAUGCAACGAGAUUGUUUGAUAGGAUGCCAGAGAAAGAUAUUGUGUCGUGGACAACUCUGCUUGUUGGGUAUGCUAAAUUGGGGGAAUACGAUGCAGCUCGACGUGUUUUUGAUUCAAUGCCUAAUCAAGAUAUUGCUGCAUGGAAUGCUCUCAUCUCUAGUUAUGAGCAGAGUGGCAAGCCUAGGGAGGCGUUAGCUAUUUUUAAUGAAUUGCAGCUCAGAAAGAAUGUGGAACCUGAUGAAGUAACCCUUGUUAGUACUCUGUCAGCAUGUGCUCAACUAGGAGCAAUAGACUUAGGUGGGUGGAUCCAUGUGUACAUUAAGAAGCAGGGCAUGAAGUUAAAUCGUCAUCUUGCAACCUCGCUAAUUGACAUGUAUUCUAAGUGUGGGGAUUUGGAGAAGGCGCUUGAGGUAUUCCAUUCUGUUGACACGAGGGAUGUGUUUGUAUGGAGUGCAAUGAUAGCUGGAUUGGCAAUGCACGGGCGUGGUGGUGAUGCAAUAGAUUUGUUCUUGAAAAUGAAAGAAGAUAAGGUCACCCCAAAUGCUGUUACUUUCACCAAUGUAUUAUGUGCUUGUAGUCACGCAGGAUUAGUGGACGAGGGUAGAGCCCUUUUCAAUCAAAUGGGGCCGGUUUAUGGUGUUGUUCCUGGGGUCAAGCACUAUGCUUGCAUGGUUGACAUUCUUGGCCGUAAAGGUCGAUUGGAUGAAGCUAUGGAGUUGAUAAAGAACAUGCCUAUAGCCCCUAGUGCUUCUGUGUGGGGAGCUUUGCUUGGAGCCUGUAGACUUCAUGGAAAUGUUGAGCUUGCUGAACAGGCAUGCAGAUGUUUGCUCGAGUUGGAGCCUCAGAAUCAUGGGGCUUAUGUUCUUUUAUCGAAUUUAUAUGCCAAAUCAGGGAAAUGGGACAAGGUUUCUGGGUUGAGGAAGCUUAUGAGAGAUUCUGGACUGAAGAAAGAACCUGGUUGUAGCUCGAUAGAGGUCAAUGGCGUCGUUCAUGAGUUUCUAGUGGGUGAUAAUUCUCACCCUCUAUCCAAAAAAAUCUACUCAAAGUUGGACGAGAUUGCUGCUAGAUUGAAAUCAGUCGGCUAUGUGCCAAAUAAGUCCCACCUUCUUCAACUUGUUGAAGAAGAAGAUGCAAAGGAGCAGGCGCUAUACCUUCACAGUGAAAAGUUGGCAAUUGCCUUUGGACUUCUCAGCUUGGGCUCAUCUCAACCAAUUCGGAUUGUGAAGAAUCUUCGUGUUUGUGGGGAUUGUCACUCAGUUGCGAAGCUCAUAUCUCAGCUUUAUGAUACAGAGAUCUUCUUGAGAGAUAGGUACCGGUUCCAUCAUUUUAAAGGAGGCCAUUGUUCAUGUAUGGAUUAUUGGUGAAUAUGAUAUUUGAUUAUCAAGCAUUCACCACAUACACUAAUAAAUUCAAUAUUGUUAUAGUUCUUUA